UUCUUUUCUCUUCUUAUUGUUCAUUUAUUUGCAUGAAACCCUUUUCUCUAUACAGUCAAUUGAGUAUGUCCAUCAUAGAAUAGUUCCAUGAUUGUGUUCGAUUUGUCUCAAAUUCAUAUAAUCAUACUCAUAUUUGCUUGCUAUACCAUACAUAGAAGCUAUUUUAACUCUGACCAUGGUCAUGGUUUCAUGUUCAGAUUAAAAGAAGAGGGUUGUAAUAGAGUCCACCCAAACUAGUUUGAGAUUAUGGCUUAAUUGAUUAAUGUUGAGUAAUAAAGUUGGAAGAAAAUGAUAAAAAGGCGAUUUUACAAGCUUGAACAUGGUGAUAGAGAUGCUCCUUCGGAGUCUUCUUCAUCCGACGACUCUGAAUUUGAGGCAGAGGCAUCGGAAGAGGAAGCGGAGUCGGAGGAGGAGGAUGAUAAUAACGAUGAUGAUGCAAAGGAAGAGGAGGAUGAUGGUGUUGCUCGACUGACAGGGGGAAAUGAAUCUUCUUCUGGAUAUGAGAGCGAAGAUAGCUCUGCCAACGAAGUUAAUCUUGACUCAUCAGAAUUACCAUUGGUAGGUCUUCCAACGAGUGAUGAAGAUGUUACAACUCUAAAGGACACCAAGUUUGCUGUUGAAACUUAUUCGUCUGAAAAGGUUAUUGCAGAAUCAGAUAAUAUGCAGAAUAAUUCUCUGCCCGAAGAGAUUCCAAGUGAUGCUUCAGAAUAUGUCUUGAAAUGUAAAUCAGUUUAUAAGUGCAGGGUGUGUCCUAGAAUCGUCUGCUUGACAGUUCAGACUCUACUUGCUCAUCUUACAUCCAAAAGGCAUGCCCGCUCCGUAAAGCUGCUGAAAGAAGGGAGGCUUAAACUUAUGCUUUCUGAAAAAGGAAAAAUUGAAGGAGAAAUUCUUCCGGAGGAGGAGGAUAGCCCAAUUGCAUGGCAGGACCCUUCAAGAUUAAAGAAGAAAAGCAAAGGAAUGAAGAGGCAACUCAGGGAGAAGAAGUAUAAGAAGAAUAAGGAAAACUUUUUGCCUGCGGAGAAUGCUAGAGAAUCAAGAAUGAACCAGUCCAGGAAGAGGCAGAAAAACAAGUGAAGAACGUAGUUAGAUCUUGCUAUAUAUGUGCUGACCAGGAAUUCUUGCUACAAGAAGUUAGAAGCAAAAGGAACUACAUGUCUGAUAGGGCUGGAAUUAGUUGUGAUUGCUCGGCAGUGUCACCCAAAAUAUCACGUUCCUUUUUUCAAUUUUUGAUCUAAGAGCAAUUUUGUACUGGGCUGUUGAAUCUGAAGCUUUGUUUUUCUAGCAAGUGCAUGACAAAGAUAUCUCCUGCAUUUCAAAGCUUUUUGGCAAAUCUGUUCUGUAAAAUGAAACUAAAUUUCAAAUUUAUAUUUCUGUGAA